AUGAUCAGUUCGUUGACUGCAUAUGCUUUCCAGGACGCUUCUCCUCAUUACGAUAGUUAUGUCCAGAGCUUGGCACCAAUUUGGAUUGACCAGCUUGGACCUGUGUCUGCGCAAUGGUUUGAAUACCCAUCAUGUGGUCACUCAGCUGUAGGGGUGAAGGGCAUAUACGGAUGCACAGCGGUAAUCAUAGCAUCCGAAAAGGGUGUGUACAUUUCUCACAUCUGGGAAAACCCUGUGUUCGUUGAUCAUGAUUUCAAUCCAACCGAUGAAAAGUCAUUCACAAUAAAUGCGUUCAAUUCCCUCCGAGAUGGAACAGAAUAUGCACAAAGUAUAACAGGUCUGAUUGGGACUGACCAAAAUCCCGGUGUCUUGAAUGCAAUCUACGCACCCAAAGUCUUCGUCCUCACACCCUUCGCUACUGAAUGGGAUAGACAAAACUUUGGCAUUUCCACCACACUCAGAUAUCAAAUGCGUGUCCAAGAGCUCGCGCAACAGAUAGUAAGCAUUGUUCCCGGCUCUGGUGGCAAUGGCAUCAUCCUGGGUUAUACACGUACGAGUCGGCAGGCAUCGAGUCAGGUGCCAGGCAUUGCAGGAAGAGCCAUUUUGGAGAUUGACCCUUCUUACGCAAGGCUCACUACGCCGUAUGACUCGAAAUCUACGGGCCUCCAAAUUGGUCGUUGGCGCUUGUGGGUAGAGGACCAGCUGAUUACUUACCAAGACUUCUGGCUUCCCCAUAUCACAGCCCCUGGGGGCACUUCCCGACGAGACAUUGGCUAA